ACGAUGCACUCCGCUCAGAAAGACACCACCUACACCAAGAUCUUCGUGGGGGGGCUCCCGUACCACACCACGGACUCCAGCCUCAGGAAGUACUUCGAGGUGUUCGGGGACAUCGAGGAGGCGGUGGUCAUCACUGACCGGCAGACCGGCAAGUCCAGGGGCUAUGGAUUCGUGACCAUGGCAGACCGGACCUCCGCUGACCGAGCCUGCAAGGACCCCAACCCCAUCAUAGACGGGAGGAAAGCCAAUGUGAACCUGGCCUACCUGGGAGCCAAGCCCCGGGUCAUACAGCCAGGCUUUGCAUUUGGUAUGCCCCAGAUCCACCCGGCGUUCAUCCAAAGACCGUAUGGGAUCCCUGCUCACUACGUGUAUCCUCAGGCCUUUGUCCAGCCCAGUAUGAUGAUCCCUCAUGUCCAAUCCUCGGCUGCUUCAGCGACAGCUGCUGCUGCCGCCACUUCCCCGUACCUUGACUAUACCGGAGCGACAUACGCUCAGUACUCUGCGGCUGCUGCCACCGCUGCCGCCGCUGCAGCUGCCUAUGAGCAGUAUCCGUAUGCGGCCUCACCAGCACCAACAAGCUACAUGACCUCAGCAGGGUACGGAUACGCGAUGCAACAGCCGCUCGCCGCCGCUGCCACCCCAGGAGCUGCUGCUGCGGCUGCGGCCUUCAGCCAGUACCAACCCCAGCAGCUGCAGACAGACCGCAUGCAGUAA